ACACUUUUUUUUUUUUUUCUCUUUUUAAAUCCAAAUUCACCGUCGUGGAGUAAUCCUUAAGAUUUCGUUUUAUAAGAAAUUAAUAAUAAUAAUAUUAGAAAACACAAAACGAAAAACAACAAAAAAACAAAAAAGAUAUUAUCAACUAUUAUAUCGAAUUUAAUCAUGAGAUGAUCGAUAUUGAAAUUUCAUAAGCCUACUAUGAUGAUUAAAGAAAAAUCAAACGCCAGUAUACGCGAUUUUCAAAUAGCAAUCGUGGAGAUGGUAACGGCAUAAGUCUCGGUAUAUUUACGUUUGUCAUUGAUGGAAUUUUAGAGCAUGAUUUAUCUAAAUUUAUAUGUAAUUAUAUGGCAUGAUCAAUUUUGCCAAACAAAAUUUAUAAAGUCUAUAUUGACAUAAUAUAUUAUUCAUACUUUAUAAUUUUUUUUUUAUCGUAUUCGUAAAAAAAAAUGUUACGAAAUAUUGAUUCAACGAUUAAAAAAUUACGACCAGAAAAACCAUUCAAUGCCUGUGGUCUAAGACAUAUACGGGAACCAUUUCAACCAUUAAAACGUUGUCCAAGAUGGGUUUGUGUAGAAGAUGCUAUAAAAAUAAUAAAUUCAGAACAUUUAGUAUUUAUACAAGGAGGUGCAGCUACUCCGUUGGAAUUAGUAAGAGCUAUGACCGAACAUGGUGUAUGUAAUAAUUUACGUGGUGUACGAUUGAUACAUAUGGCUUUGGAGGGUGAUGCACCCUUUGCCAAUCCCGAAUUUGAAAAACAUUUUAGAUCAAUUAGUUUUUACAUUGGCGCAAACGUUAGAGAUGCCGUUAAUGAGGGUAGAGCAGAUUGUAUUCCAUUAUUUUUACACGAAGCACCAAAACUAUUUUACGAGCAAAGAAUUGUACCUGAUGUUGCUUUGAUACACGUUAGCGCACCAGAUCCACGUGGAUUUUGUUCACUUGGCGUUAGCGUGGAUUGUACACGCGCUGCUGUUUGUACAGCCAAAGUCAUAAUUGCACAAGUCAAUGAACAUAUGCCAAGAUCAUUUGGCGAUACUGUUAUACAUUCUAGUCACAUCGAUUGGGCAGUCAAAUAUGAUUGUCCAUUACCUUGUAUAGCAAGUACUCAGCCUAACGAAAUCGAAUUAGAAAUUGGUAAAUUCAUAGCGCACAGAUUGGUAGAUGAUGGUGCAACUUUACAACUUGGUAUAGGAAACAUUCCAGAUUCUGUAUUAUGCGCUUUGGUCAAUCAUAAAGAUAUUGGUAUACAUUCCGAAAUAAUCGGUGAUACAAUAGUGGAUCUUGUUGAAAGAGGGAUAAUAACAAAUAAGAAUAAGCUCAAACAUAGAGGACGUUUAGUUGGUUCUUUAGGAAUUGGUACUAAAAGAUUUUACGAUUUUUUGCAUAACAAUCCUUUUGUUGAAAUGCUGGCGAUUAAUUACGUCAAUGAUCCACGUAUUAUAUCUAUGCAGCCAAAAAUGACUGCCAUUAAUUCUUGCAUUGAAAUGGACAUUACUGGACAAGUAUGCUCUGAUAGUUUGGGAUGUAAAAUGUAUUCUGGUUUUGGUGGUCAACUUGAUUUUAUAAGAGGUGCAGCAAUAAGCCAAGAUGGUAAAGGUAAAGCUAUUAUAGCAUUCCCAUCUAUUACAAGCAAAGGAGAAAGCAAAAUACAAGCAGUAUUAAAACUUGGUGCUGGAGUCGUUACUACAAGAGCACAUGUACAUUACGUUGUAACGGAACAUGGUAUUGCUCAAUUAUUUGGUAAAACGUUACGUCAAAGAGCUAAUGCAUUGAUUCAGAUAGCACAUCCUGAUCAUAGGGAAUGUCUUGAAAAGGCCGCAUUUGAAAGAUUAAAAACUAUGCCAACUAAAUAUCUGUGAAAGAAUAUGUUUUUUGAAUUAAAUUGUCAGAUAUAUUUAUUCAAAUCAUGCUCAAAAUCAUGUUAUACCAGACUGUAUAUGUCUACUUGCUGUUACAACGAAUGCAAACGAUUUCUUUUCAAAAUUAACAGCUUCCAAUAUUAUUUUUUUUACCAUUAAUUAUUAUAAAUCUAUAUAAAUGUGAUCAAUCACUAGUGCAAAUGGAAUAAAUAAUAAAAUAAAUAAGUUAGCGAUACUUAUACGAAAAUUCCUGUAUUUCAUUUAUGGUACAUUUUAUAAAGAAAAAAAGGAAAGAGAAAAAAAUUAAAAUAAAAUAAAA